ACGUUUAGAAUUCUGAAAGGACGCUUACAAUUUUUAAACAAAAUAAAAAAAAAAAAAUAUUUUUAACUUUUCAGUAUUAAUUACGUACAUUGAAUUAUUUUAAAAACUAUUUGAAAUAAUAAAAAGCCACAAUGAACGAGCUUUGUUCCGCUUGCUUGUGUUCCGGGCGAAAAUUAUCGUGCAUUCGUGAUUCCAAUGUUUAUUAUUUUUUCAAACAAAUUGUGAAUGAAAUAGCGGCGCCAGAUGAAAUGCAGCAGCUUUUACAAAUCUGCUGGGAGUGUAGCGCUCUCCUGCGCAAGUACGAAGCGUUCCAGCAGCAGGUCAAGUGUUGCUAUGUUGAGCUGCUCGUGUGCUUGCAAUCGAACCCCUCACUACAGCCCACUCUAGCGAAACCACCUCACUUAAAAAUUCACCAAGAGACCUCGAUAUCCAUCCCACUCAUACCAAAGACUGAGUUUGAUGACAUCAAACUUGAGUUGAGUGACACUCACUGUGAGGAGACGUUUGUAGAUGAGCUGAGUGAGGUGUGGCCGGUUAAGAAGGUGAAAAAGAAAAUAAAGAAGAAGGUGAAACUGAAAAAAGUCAAGCAAAAGAAAGAAAUCGUACCUGACAGUGAUCCAGAGCCAAUAGAUUUCGACAAUCACAUUGAGAGUGACAAUGAGCUUAGUGAUAAGAAGUGUGAGUUUAGUGAAAAUAGUGAGUUGGGGAAAAAUACUGAGUCAGGGAAAAAUAGUGAGUUGGGGAAAAAUAGUGAGUUAUGUGACAAAAUUUGUGACUUUAAAUGCGAUCAGUGUGUUAGUGUUUUUGACACGGAAAUUGACUUGAAGAAACAUUUGGAAGAGCAUGUUAGUGGGAAAGCGGAAGUGGGGCGAAGGCCUAAAACGCGCAAUACCGAAGCCCUGCCGGAGCGACCGCAGUGCGUUGAGUGUGGGAAAUUAUUCAGCUCCAGGAAGACUUAUAGAUAUCAUCUAAAUGUUCUACACAAGGGCCAGAACCGCUACCCGUGCCCGCGCUGCGGCAAAGUGUACCAGUGGAAAUCGAACCUGGGACGGCAUCUACGGAGCCAUAAGGCUCGCGAAUCCGGCGAGCUGUACUGCGAGAAGUGCGACAAAUCGUUCGCGUCCGUAGCGACGUACAGACAGCACGUGCGAGUGUCGCGGAGACAUGUGUCCGAGAGCGAGUUCACCUUCACGUGUGAGGAGUGCGGCAAGAAGUUUGUGAACAAAACUCGACUGCGAGAUCACAUCGACUGGGAACAUCUCAAUAAGAUUAAAUUCAGAUGUCAAUUGUGUAAUAAGCCUUUCAAAUGUCACACAUCGCUCUACGUUCACCUACAGAACGUGCAUCGCAACAAGGAGAAGAAGGACAACCUGUGCCACGUGUGCGGCAAGUCGUACCAGAACGCGGCGAAGCUGAAGUACCACAUAGUGGCGAUGCACACGAGCGAGACCCCGUACCGGUGCGGGCAGUGUGGCGCGGCGUUCGGCUGGUACUCCAGCCUGUACCGGCACGUGCGGGAGCUGCACUAUAAGAUAAAAGUACAGCCGAAGAAAAAUAAAAAGACGAAAAAGCAACUACAAGAGAUGUCCCUGCAUCACUUACCGUCUGGACCUCCGCCAACACAUACUGCGACUUAAUAUUUAGGGACCCUAAAUACCUUAGGGUUUAUAAAUUAGGGAUCCUAGAUUUUAGGAAAGUAUGUGGCUCCUAGAUUCUAGGAGUUAUAAGAAUGUACGUGUCUCUUAUAAAGGUUUUAGGAGUGAUUUCUAAAAUAAUACAUUGUUUGAAUGUUUUUUUUGUUCAAAAAUGUUGGUUUGUUUACUUAUUUUGUAAAAAAAAUAUUGAUAAUUCGUAUAUUUGUGUAA